AUGGCACCAUCUGCAGCUAAGUACAAUGCAGGAGAUUGUCCAAUAGCCCGCCUACAGUAUGAAGUACAGUCAUACGAUUGGGGAAAAGUCGGUGGAGAGUCUAAAGUGGCAACUCUCGCAACUUCAAGUGAUUCCUUCGUGUUGAAGCCUGAUACUCCUUAUGCUGAGUUAUGGAUGGGAACACACCCAAAUGGACCAUCAAAAGUAUACGCAACUCAAAAACCACUGAAAGAUGUGCUCAGUGCUUCCAAUCUCAGCUGGUGUUAUCAGGCAUUUGAUGGAGAUGUUCCCUUCCUAUUCAAAGUAUUGUCUAUUGCCAAGGCGCUAUCUAUACAAGCUCAUCCAGACAAGGCUCUGGCAAAGGAAUUACAUACAAAGAGACCUGAUUUGUAUAAAGAUCCAAACCACAAACCUGAAAUGGCUGUAGCUUUGACACCCUUCGAAGCAUUCAUCGGAUUCAGACCACUCCCCGAAAUCGCCCAUCAUCUAUCCAUAUACCCUGAAUUCAAAUCUCUAGUAGGAACAUACGUAGCCGACUCAUUCACUACUGCUGCUGCCUCCAAAUCAGACGUAGCAGGUAGUAGAGCAGCGUUAAAAGAACUGUUUGCUGCCUUGAUGAGAUCUGAUCCUGCUCAAGUCAGUGCUCAAGUAGCUGCAGUUGUUGCACGAGUAGGUGGUAAAAGUGCCAAAAAGGGUAGCAUCGACGAGCUGGUGGUACGAUUAAAUAGUCAGUUUCCUGGGGAUGUUGGAAUCUUUUGUGCCAUGAUGUUGAACUAUCUGGAGUUGCAGACUGGAGAGGCUAUUUAUUUGGCCGCUAAUGAGCCUCAUGCUUAUAUCUCUGGUGACUGUGUAGAAUGCAUGGCCGCCUCAGAUAACGUAGUCCGAUCUGGUCUUACACCCAAAUUCAAGGACGUCGACACACUCAUCAAUAUGCUCACAUACAACAACGGACCAGCAGAAUCACAAAUCUUGCGAGGCGAUCCAUUCCGAAAACAUGGCAAGAACACCCGUCUCUACGAUCCACCUAUAGAAGAAUUCUCUGUAUUACAAACGAGUCUAGCUCCUGGCGAGUCUGAACCCUAUGACGAGUUUGAUGGCCCUUCCAUCCUUAUCGUCACUGAAGGUAGUGGAAGUAUUGAAUAUCGUGUUGAAGGAAUGGAAGGAGGUAGUGGUAAAAUGGACCUGCAAGCGGGACUCGUCUUGUUUGUUGGUGCUAAUGUUAAAAUCACUUUGAGUGCUGAUACCAGCAGCACCACAAUUUAUAGAGCAUUUUAUCGUUUCCAAUACCAAUGCACGGAGGAUUCCACAGAAUCAGGAGAUCGACCUGAAAAGUUCAAAAUACCUCGUUCAAAGAAUGUUGCAGCCCAAAUCCCAAAUGUGACCAAAAAUGCAUAUGCGAUCACUCGACUUGAAGAAAUUGUACGGAUUGUGGAAGAAGAAAAGUCAAGUCCACAUCCACAUUGCUUGAAUGUCAAGGCUGUACAGAUGCCAGAUUAUACGCAACGAGGGUAUAUAGAGGCUGGCCUAAUAACUAUUGAUCUAGGAAGUGAACCAACAGGAGCGACCGAUUUAGAGCACUGGCAAGAAGUUACUCAAGAGGCCAUUCAAUCGCUUAAAACUGGUAGCAAUAAUGAGGCAUGCAGAUUACUGAAUCACGUAUCGAGUCUCGUACGUGGAAAAUGGGCUCAGUUUGAAUAUUGCAGGACUGGGAACAAUGUACAUUUGAAGGUUUGGUUUCGUGCACAAGAUGAGGCACACGCUGAGAGUAAGAGGUGUGAGAAGGCUAUGAAGGAGCUCAUCUACCCAUUGCUGGUUUCAAAAAAGUGUGAUAUUCCAAGAUCCAAUGAAGAGCCAGCUCCAGGAAUACUAGGGAUCGCUGAUAUACAGGAUCUGUCACGAUCAUUACAACAAGUCUACUCCGAAUUAAAGUCUCCUUCACUCCUCCCGCUUGCAUCAGAUGGCACUCUGGCCUCUCAUAGAAAGUUUUAUGACGCUUUUGCGGAAGAUGAAAUGGUAUCUGGUAUACGGACUCCACCAUACGCAUAUCAGAAAAGGGGAAUCUCAAAGAUGCUACGUCGCGAAUUGGAACGUGGUGUAAUCAAGCAUGCGGACAUCUUAGAACUUCCAGCAGUUGAUGGAGGCUCGUAUUAUUUACAAAAGUCGACUGGUGUUGUGCGCAAAUUCUUGAGAGCAGAAGAAGACUCAUUUGAGGACGUUCGUGGAGGCGUUUUGUGUGAAGAUAUGGGUAACGGCAAGACGUACAUGAUGUUGUCACUAAUUUCCUCAACUCGUCACCAAACCGCUGUACCCUCAUCUGAAGAUCCAACCAUCAAAGACCGAUACUACAAUCCACUGAAAUACGACGUCACGCCCUUUGUCGCCUACCAUGACAAAGUGCCCAUUUCCCACGAAGAAGACGAGCACGACAAUGAACGUAGUGGUCCGUUACCGCUCAUGGCAUUAGCAGCUCAAGCAGUGCUUAAACACGUACCAAUGUCGAUAUGUAAGACUCGGUUGCCAAAGGCUAUAUGGAAACGGCUCGAACAGUGUGAGGUUUACUUUACACGAACUGUGUUCGCUUCGAAUCGACCUAUGAGAAGUACAAGAGCAGUCAAGGAAUGGAGGGUGCAUACGUCGAGUGCGACUUUUGUUAUUGUGCCGGAGACUCUAAUUGACCAGUGGAUCUCGGAAUUCAACAAGCACGUAAAUGACGACGUAGUCCGCAUGCUUGUAAUCAAAGACGACGACGUAAUCCCCAAUGCUCUAAUCCUGAAACGAUACCACAUAAUCCUAAUGGGAUACAGCAGAUUCAUGAAAGAGGACGAAAAGGGUGGAUUUGACUUCUUGGGAAUCCCUCGUGCGUGCAGAUGCCCGUAUAUUGGAUCUACUCGAGCUGUCGACUGCCAAUGCCUGGCCAUAUUUCGCAACAUUUAUGGAAGUGAAGAGUUGCGAUACGAGUCGCCGUUGGUAAAGGUUCAUGCCUUGAGACUGAUCAUCGAUGAGGGGCAUGUCGUGUCUGAGAAGCAUUCGAGGGUUGUUAGUAUGGCUAAGAAACUGAGUGUUGAGCGCAAGUGGAUUUGUUCAGGAACACCAUUACCAAACAUGGCUGUAUUGAAUCGAGAGCGCGAGAUUGUCGAAAAGCUGGAUUUGGAAAAACUCGGUGGCAUUUUAGACUUUUUGGAUUUGAGGCCUUAUUGUGAUGUGUCCCGUAAAGGAAUCAAAGGAUGCUUCCGUGAUGUCAUUAUGAGGCCUGUGCUCAAUAAAUCCACGACCGCAUACGCCUUAUUGGAGAGCUUGCUUGAGAAUAUCAUGAUUCGGAGUCGUACUGAAGAUGUUGAGCGUGAUGUGACGCUACCACCAUUGUAUGAAAGAGUCGUGAGUCUUCGAUUGACCCGACUACAAGCACAGACAUACAAUUACUAUGUUGCAAUGGCCGCCUUAAACGCCGUUCUAUCUGAACGUGAGCACCAAGACUAUCUCCUCCACCCUCAGAACAGGCGUCACAGAAAGGUCACAGUCGACAAUAUUAUCGAAUGCUCCUUCUGGCGACCAGUUACAGGUGUCGACGGUAUAGUCGAAGACUUGAAUGCAGCUAUUGAGAACGGGCAAGAAGGGUUAUCCAAAGGUGGCAAAUACUCUGAUGAUGAUAGAGCAUUGUUGCAAAAGACUGUAGAUUUGUUGAUUCAGGCUCGUGAAGAUACGCAGUUUGUGAUCCAGCAAAAUCCAAGUGAAGUGAAAUAUUAUAUACAAGGUUGCUCAGAGGAGAUUAAGGAGAAGUAUCCGACUUUUGAGGUAUCUGGUAUGGAUAAUGUAUCGCUGGCUGACGGAGACGUGCUAGAAGAGAUGAGAAAAUAUUAUAUGGAUCUUGAUAAGAAGCUUUUGGUAUCCGAUGAUGCCAAGAUGGAUUUAGACGAGCCUGACAUCGACGAUGUACCGAAUCUGGAACUACAGGCAUCACCGAUAUCGUCGUCGUCCUCUUCGCCAACAUUAUCAAACAUACCACUCAACUUUGGAGCAUCGUCGUCAUCGUCUAUAAUGACAUACAACAGUGAUGUCUCGGACGAAACACGGCGAUUAGGAGCCAAAAUCACAUCGACAGCUAGCUCAAAGCUCACGUAUCUCGCAAACAGUAUUCUCAAAUACUCCAGUACGGACAAGAUCUUGAUUUACUCGAAUGUGCAUAAUGAAGUUGCUUUCCUGCAUCAGUUUUGUAGGCUAGCACGAAUACCGUGUUUGUUGUAUCAUCGUAGAGGAAUGACGGUCGAUGAACGGUCCAAGAACAUUGCCCUUUUCCAAACCUCUGAUUUCGUGAGAGUCAUGUUGAUGGAUAUUCGGAUUGGUGCUUAUGGUAUUGACCUGUCUACUGCGUCUCGAGUCUAUUUCACAUCCCCCAUCUGGCAACCAGACGUAGAACGUCAAGCAAUCAAACGUGCACACCGUAUCGGCUGCAAGAAGCCAGUCUACAUCGAAACGCUAGUCGCCAGUCACUCCUUGGAAGAAGAAAUCCUCUCAAUCCGAUCUGGAAUGUCUGCUACGAAAUCCACAUCGAAAUCCGUCUAUGAUGACGGUCUACGCACGAAACUCUUGGAAAUCUUCAAGUAUAUUGAUUAUGACAAAACAGAUACCGUGGAGUUGUUUGAGACUCCCAUACCGGCGUUUCCGAAAGCUACUCCGCCGCGGAAAAUGGUUGUUGAUGAGGAAGGGGAUAUGGAUGUUACUGGUGGUGGUGGUAGUAGUAGUCACAGUAAUGAUCCAUUACGUGAUUUCGCUGGAGUCGAUUUGUAUGAUCCGAAUGUCCCUCUCCUUGGUUUCAGAGCCAUGUGGGUAAACUCGCAUGGUAACCAAUCUGAUGAUGAGGACAGUGAAGAUGGGCUUGAUAUUGUGAAUGGUGGUGGUGUGGGAGAUAGUUCCGGGAAUGUGGUCUUGUCGCAACGUGAUCCAAAGUCAAUCAAGCCUGGUCAGAUGUAUUUGGUUGGAGGAGCACAUACAGACCAAGAAGACAGGACCAAAUCACCACGUAAACGACCACAAACUAUGAUCGACGGCACCAUCACAGCCCAUCUCCCCAAACGAAGACGAACCACAAUUCCACUGAAACCUCGUAAGAAAAAAGCAGCCGGAUCACCCAAGAAGACGGCAGGGGGUAUGGAUAUAGUGAGGAGAGCCUUCUUGGACUCUUCUGACAAGAGGAAGCAGCAGCUGGAAGCUGAAGCGCAAGCUUCACAGCUACAAGCGGAAGCUGAAAACACAGUUGAAUUGGAAGAUACGCUAGAUCAUCACGUAGAUGAUGGUGGCAAGGAAGUAUUGGAAUCAGUUGAUGAGGUGGGAGGUGGAAAGAGGGUGAGAUUUGCUGAUGAGUUGGCACCACGGCUUGAGAGAAGACGCGUCAAGUUUGCCGAUGAAGAGGAGUUGGAUGUAUAA